AUGUUUGUUUGGAAAAAAAGAAUAAUGUUGAACAAGUUCAUAACGAAUUAUUCUAAUGUGAGAUUAUCUUUUUUAAUAACCUGGUGUAUAUUUUCAAUUAAUUUUGUCAAUAUUAAUGCCUAUCAAUCAGAUAAUUUAUUACGAAAUCAUUGGUUAAGCAAUAUUCAAGAUGAUGAUCUUAGACAAGCAAUAGAACAAGAAAAUAUUACAGAAGAACAAUUAAGAGAUCCGCAUCAAUUUGAUCGUUUACUGAAACGUUUAAUAUUUCUAUCACCUAAACAUUUACGGAGAUUUAUGAAACUAUUAAGAGAAUGGAAUAAUCUUAGUCAACGUAUAAGGUACGGAUGA